AUGUUGGUGCAAUCUUCGGCAGCGAUUGCCGAAUCAGAUAAUGAGCUGAUAAAUCCCCGCCUACAGGAAGACAUAAAAAGCGAAGUAUCUCCCAGUCAGCACCGCAUUCGACGGAUUCUAAGCGUAAAACCACCUCCAGCGAAAAUGGAGAAACAAUUUCUAAUAGUGUAUGUGCUAUGGAGCAUCUCAGCAUCGGCGAUAGCCGAUUCGGAUAUUACGGCUCUGUGCAAGAUUGCGAAACCUUGGACAUUCGUACCCAACAAACAGCACUGUCAAAAAUUCUACCUUUGCACUGGGGCGGAGGAGGAACCCUUCCAGGAGUAUAGUUGCCCGACAGGCCAGUACUUUAACGAUCAACUCAAGAUCUGUGUACGAGGAGCUUGCUCCACUGAGAGCGUAGAGUGCGAGAUUGAAAACAGCGUAGUCCGAAAACGGGAUGACUGCUCAAAGUAUUUGACAUGCAUGGAAGGAGGUGCCCAUGCCGUAUCCAGCUGUCCGUCUGGAACGUACUUCGAUCCCGGCAGGAGAGCGUGCCUGCCUGUGGCCGUUAAUGCGGCCCACCAGUGUAGCUGCGUUCUCCCGGAAAACGCCACUUUGUCCAAUCCUAACGAUUGCGAGACCUAUUUCCGGUGCCAGUCUGGAGAGGCUGUUCUGGUUCAGUGCCCACCUGGAGAAUAUUUUGCAGUGAGCGCCAACACCUGCCUUCCGGAUCUCACUGGCAUUUGUCUUGAGAAGCCAACUCUGCCACCUGGCUUAUCGCAACAGGCCCAGGCUUUGGAUGAGUGUGUCCGCACCGGAAGUCGACUGGCGCCGCAUAGCCGCAACUGUCAGAGGUACUUUAUUUGCACUCGGAAAAAGGUCCUGGAAAUGCGUUGCCCCAGGGGCCAGUACUUCGAUGUAGUGCACAAAUACUGUAGCCUAGAUUCGAGAAAUGAAUGCCAGGGAUUGGAAGCUGAGAAGGAACUACUGCAGGUGCCGAACAGCAAAGCACAAAAGGAGGUCCAGAAGGUGAAGCAAAAGCCAAAGCCAAAGGAGACCCAGAAGCAGGUGGAAACAAAAGAACCACAAGCGGAUGCUCCUCAGAUGGAAAUUUCUGCCAAGCAACCUUUACCAGAGCAAGAGGCCGUGAGCAGCUACGACAAGUUCUCUUCCAAGUUUAUAACAUUUCUCAGAGGUUAACCUAAAGCAUAUCAUUAAUGUUUCUUAAUUACUAAAAAUAAAUAUUUAA